UGAUAUUAGUCAGUUUAUCCAAUCGAAAAUGUGGUUUGUUUCACACGUUUUCGUGGUAUUAGUUUUCAUACAAACAAGUUGUGCUGUACCUCCACAUCACUAUCCACAUCCACAUCAUCCACUACCCCAUCAUCCACUACCUCAUCACCCAAUACCUCAUCAACCUGAACUACCACAAUGCAAUGGUAUAUUUCCACAACAUUUCUCUUUUGGAGUAGCAUCUGGAGCAUAUGAACAUGAAGGCGCAUGGAAUAUAGAUGGUAAGGGCGAGAAUAUUUGGGACCGAUGGGUACACCAAAAUCCAGGAGUUAUAAUGGAUGGAACCAACGGUGACGAAACUGCUGAUGCUUAUCACCAUCUCGAUGAAGAUGUUGAAAUUUUGAACAACUUAACUGUGAGACACUACUCAUUCACAUUAUCUUGGGCUAGGCUGAUACCCCUUGGAUGUGGAGAGGUUAACAAAGCUGCCGUGCGUCACUACCAAAGACUUCUUUACCUACUUAAAGAAAAUCGUAUUGAACCCAUAGUGACACUCUACAACGGAGACCUUCCUCAAGCUCUCGAAGACCAAGGAGGUUUUCUAAGUGAUAACUUUGUUUCUUGGUAUACCGAAUACGCUAAGAUCGUAUUUGAAUGUUUUGGAAGCAACGUAAAAUAUUGGAUUACAUUUAAUGAUCCAACAACUCAAUGUCAUGAAGGAUAUGGAGUAGGAACUUUCCCACCAGGUAUCAGUAAUAAUCCAGGGGUUAAUGAGUACAUCUGUGGGCAUAAUAUUCUAAAAGCCCACGCUAGCGUGUAUCACUUGUAUGAUGACAGCUAUAGACAGACUCAGAAAGGGAAAAUAUCAAUUGAAUUGCUUGGACGUUGGCAUGAACCUGCUACAGACUGUCAAACCGAUAUUGAAGCAGCAGAAAGAAGAAUGCAGUUCGAAAUAGGCUGGUUUGCCCAUCCCAUCUAUAUCGGCGACUAUCCUCAAGUUAUGAUUGACAGAAUCGGGGAAAUGUCAGAAUUACAAGGCCUAUGCGAAUCUAGACUACCCGUAUUUACUAGGAAAGAAAUCGAGUGGAUCAAGGACACUCAUGAUUUCUUUGGACUUUUAUACUACUUUGGUUUUACCGUGAGGGCUAUUGAAGAUGAUAGCUGUGUGUCUCCAUCAUAUGAUAGUGAUACUGGUGCUGAAAUAAUUCAACGAAUUGAAGGAGACGACACAUAUGGAAUUAGAAAACUUAUUGUUUGGAUAAAGAACCAGUACUGCAAUCCUUCCAUCUUCAUUUUAGGGAAUGGAUACGUAACAGGCAACCGUACUUUGGAAGACGAUGAUAGAAUCGAAUAUAUCAAGAAAAUAUUAAUUCACAUCAGAGCUGCACAGACCAAUGACGAUGCCAGAGUGUACGGAUACACAUACGGCACCUUUAUCGACGGAUUCAUACGAGCAUACGGUCACACGUUUAGGUUAGGAUUAUAUGACGUGGAAUUCGAUUGUCCUACAAAACCAAGAACUGCUAGAAAAUCUGUUGAAUACUUCCAACAUGUCUGUAAAUAUGGAUGCAUUGAUAACCCAUGUCCUCCACGCCAUCAUCAUGAAUAUUUCGGGGAACAUGUUAUAUAUUAAACCAAUAAAUUGUAAUUGAUAUAAAUAAAUAGUUGAAGA